GUGACCUGUUUCUUGGUUCAUAGAAAGGACUCGUCAUUUUAGGGUCAAAAAUCCCAAAUUUUCAAAACUAUAACACGAUGGCUUACCAUACUGUAAAAAUGAGUUUGAUUUCCUUAUUGUUUAUUUUCGUGAUGCACCGCUGUGGCUCUGCUUCCUCCAUCCAGAGGAAGAAAAUACCUGAGCAUAGGACACAUCUCGCCGUACCAACUGUCACCUGCUCUGCCCGUGGGAUAAGCGCUGUGUUCGACCAUCUGGUCAAAAACAACGUCCAUGUUAAAGACCUCUCAGGUGCAGCAGUUCCUGCGUCUAUUAAUGAGCGGUCCUGUGGUGUUAGAAUGAGAAGAGAGAAGAACUUGAGCUUGUUGUUUUUCAGCAGAUAUGACAGCUGCUAUGCUCGUGUUGAAGGCAGCAAAGUGGUCAUCCCUCUGCUGGUUCAGCUCACAGGAGACACUCGGUGGAUCAGGGUGAAUAUCAGCUGCCCCCUGAUAAAGAGAGGCAGUGGGAAGAUCCCACCAUCAUUUCCUGGAGACUGUCAUGCCGAAAAAUCUCUACGAGUAGACUGUGGCCAACAAAGCAUUUCUAGCGAUGCCUGCAACAAAUUGGGAUGCUGCUACGAUGCUCAUGUUUCAAGCUGCUACUACAAACUCAAUGCCUGCUCUCUGGAUGGACACUUUGUGUUCACAGUAAAGACUACAGACACACACCCACCUAUUGAUCCCAGCAGCCUUGUAAUCAAGGAUCAGCCUCAAUGUUUGCCUGUAGUCACAACCCCACACACUGCAGUCUUCAAGAUAGGGGUCAUGGACUGUGGUGCAAAGAUGAAGAAAGAUGGAGAUCUGGUGAUCUAUGAGGUGGAAGUGGAGGAGAUACGCAUGAAAAGUAAAAACAGACGUUCACCAUUUAGUCUCCAGGUCCAAUGUGAAUAUGAAGAAUCAGAUUUACAGCGUGCACAAAACUUGCGAUCCUUUUAUACAAUGACCAAUCCACCACCUGUGAUAGCACAAGGAACAAUUGAGGUGCAGAUGAGAAUAGCCACAGAUGACUCCUUUACUUCCUUUAUUCCUGAGGACCAACUUCCGCUCACCUCACCGCUACGUAAAGCUGUGAAUGUGGAAAUUUCCAUCGUGCAGCCAUCCCUGGAUCCUACACUUUCCAUACGUGUACGAGACUGCUUCGCCUAUCCUGCAUCUAAAAACUCUGUGUGGACACUUCUCCAUGAUGGAUGCCCCAACCCUCUGGAUAAUAUGAGAAGUUCUGUACCUGUAGACAGCCAAGGGAAAACUGCUACACACUCCCAAGUUAGGAGGUUUAACGUAAAGACUUUUGCCUUCUUGGACCCUGAUACGGGCCAUCCAAGUGUAGAAGAAAUGUACUUCUACUGUUGGGUGGAGAUCUGCACACAUGAUAUUGACUGUGCACAGCGUUGCACCAUCAUCUCAUCUGAGGAUGACAGACGGAGAAGACGAGCCAUACCCGAGUCCCAUCAGGUGCAGCUGGUCUCCUCAGGGCCAAUCUUGCAGAAUUACACUUAAUUGGUUGACAGUCAGUAUGAGAAACAAAAUUGUUUCAGGUGAUAGUGUAUGUGUUCUCUCUGGUGUUGCCCUGCUGUUAAUCCUGCCAUUGGUCAUAUGGAUAAGCUUCAGAAGGUGUUAGAGUACCAAAGGGCAGUAAAUUUGUGAAGUACAAGUUAACAGUGAGCAAACUUAAUAAAUCAGUCACUUGUAAUGUGCCUUUUUUUGUAUUCAUUUGUACUGCCUCUAAAUGUUAUGACUUGAAUAUUAAAGUUCAUGAC